AGCUGCGGCGGCGCAGGAGGGGGCGGUUUGGAGAGGGCGCGGCCUCUGGAAAGGGAACGUCUGACACGCAUUCCCAGCGCUGCCUCGGGCCACCACGGAGCCUCGCGGCAGCUCGUUGUCCCACUUGGCCACUGGCUCCGUGAUCCCUCUUUGCGCCUGCCUCGUCUUGUCACCUCCCGUCUCACCCUCCACGCUCCAUCCUCCAACACCUCAUCCACAGCCUUCUGAGCGAGCGCGACUCCGAGAGCAGGAGGUACUGCUCCGGGCUGCAGGGCGCGCCCUCCAAAGGUCCCCAGCUCGACAUUCGGGACCCCGCGGGCGACAGCAUGGACACCAAGCGAUGCUUCGCCAACCGCUUCGAUGACUACCAGGGCAGCCUGCUGGCGGGCCAGUGCGAGGAGGCAGUGGCGCCCUUGGUCACCUCCACCAUCGAACGCAUUCUUCAGGAGCUGCCCCCGCUGGGGGGCGGCACUGAGGCUCGGGGGGCGACGGGCGCGGGCAGCAGCUGCCAGGGGGGUCUGUAUAGCGGCGUAGCCGGGGUGGCCUACAUGCUCUACCACGUUUCGCAGAGCCCGCUUUUCGCCGCCGCCCGGGAGCGCUACCUGCGCUUCGCCAAGCGCCUCAUAGACGCGUGCCUCCGCGCCGAGGAGUGGGGCGAGACGGACGCGGACACCCGCGCCGCUUUUCUGCUCGGGGGCGCGGGCGUGUACGCGGUGGCCACGCUGGUCUACCACGCCCUGGGCCGCCCCGACUACGUGCAGCCCCUCGGCAAGUUCCGGGCUCUGUGCGCCGUCUGCGCACCGGUCUCCUUCCUGGACUGCGGCUCCGACGAGCUGUUCGUGGGUCGCGCUGGCUACCUGUGCGCCGCGCUGGUGCUCAAGCAGAAGCUCGCCCAGGAGGUAUUGACCCCAACACAAAUUAAAGCAAUAUGCCAGGCGAUUCUGGACUCUGGGAAGCAGUAUGCUCUGAAGAAGAGAAAACCAUUCCCUCUGAUGUAUUCUUACUAUGGAACGGAAUACCUGGGGGCAGCUCACGGCCUGUCAUCCAUUCUCCAGAUGCUCCUUUCUUACCAGGAGCAUCUCAAACCUUCAGAUCGGGAGCUGGUGUGGCAGAGCGUGGACUUCCUCAUGGAACAGGAGCAGAAUUGCAACUGGCCACCAGAGCUUGGCGAGACCAUCGAGAGAGAGAAUGAACUUGUCCACUGGUGCCACGGCGCUCCAGGAAUUGCUUAUCUGUUUGCCAAAGCUUAUCUCAUUUCCAAGAAACCGCAGUACCUGGACACAUGUAUCCGGUGUGGGGAGCUGACAUGGCAGAAAGGCCUGUUGAAGAAGGGGCCAGGGAUUUGCCAUGGUGUAGCUGGCAGUGCCUAUGUAUUCCUUCUUCUGUACCGUCUUACAGGAAACUCGAAAUAUAUCUACCGUGCCCAAAGGUUUGCUCAGUUCUUAUUCACUGAAGAAUUCAAAGCCGGUUCCCGGGUCCUUGAAAGCAUCUACAGCUUGUAUGAAGGCUUCUCUGGGACUGUUUGCUUUCUCAUUGAUCUGCUGCAGCCCAAUCAGGCAGAAUUUCCUCUCUUCAGUGUCUUUGUUUAAAAGGUUCCAUCUCCCCUUGCAGUCGGUGGAAGUCCCCUGAGAUUUCCUGAGCCUCCUCUAGGCAGUUUUCCUUGUAAUCCACAUCCAAUGGUCUCACGACCAUGAGCCUUCCCAUUGCUGCCAGAUGGAUGAGAUGAGUCUGAUGAAGACAGCGUGAUGCCAGACUGCAGAGAGAGCCUGUCAAACCAAGAUGCCACAACUCAUCUAAAACCCACCGAUUUAAUGUUUCAGGGGAGAGAUGGCCAACCCAAGAUCAGAGAGAAAAGGGGGAAAACAUUUAAUGUUUUUCAGUUUGUGACACAAAAGGCAAAAGUGAACUGGAAACGACAGGGAUAACAUGCCAACGCUUUCAAAACUGAGCAGCAAAUGUGACCAUGUGUGUAUGCCCAAUACCCCUAAAUUCAGAAGUAAAGACAGCCAGAAUCUAAAUGAAUUUUGCCCUGUUAAAAACUGUUAGCAGGGAUCAAGUGUCAAGAAGAAGGACAUGGAAAAAAAAAAACAUUGGCUGUCCUAGGACUUUACUUACUGAAAUUCAUAAUUCUUUUCUGAAUGGAGAUAUGUGAAUAUGUAGGCAGGGUUUUUAUUUUAUCUUAUUUUUUUGACCAAUAUUCUGGGCACUUUAAAAAAACAUCAUAUUAUAACUUAUUUUGAACACUGAAAUUUGAAGCUGCCUUAGGCCUUAGGAUGUCUCUUUUCCUAGUUGCUUUUUCUUCGCUAAAGCUCAGAAUAGUAAGCUUCAGGGCAGGGAGGUGUGUAGCUUAGAGACAGGUCUGGAGCUUACUAGCUCAGGGUGUAGCUUGUUUAGCCUGCACAAGGCCUCUGGUCCAUGCCUAGCACCACAAGCAAGCAAAAGACAAAACAACAACAAAAGAAGACAGAAAAAUUUGUAUCUAGCAAAUAAAUGUCACUAUCAUGUUUGUCUUAAUUGAAAGUGUGACCUGUAUGUUGUGAAUGUUAGUCAUUUUUCAAAUGUCUUUAUCUUUGUAAUGUCUAUGAUGCUAUUAGAUUGUAAAAUAUGCUCUCGGUGAAAAUUGAUCAUCUCAAGCAUCAGGGUAACUUACCACAAAGGUAAAGUCAUUUCUGUAUUUCAUAGACUUCUGUGAAAGACAUGGGGUGAGAAAACUUGAAAUGGUUCUCGAAAGAAUGUUGCUCCAUUUCAUCCUAUUAUAUUAAGAGUGGAAUGAACUCCUUGGCUCUUCACCUCACCUUGCAAAAACACAGGACACACUAGAGAUUGGCUAUCAUGACAGUUGAUUCUAGUUACCAUAUCUAGUUUACUUCUGCUACAAACACAAGUUAUAAAAAUGUUUCAAGUCCAUAGUGGAUUGCUGAACAUCAAUAGGAGCAACUGUCAAUAUGCAGAACAUGAGAUUUCCACAGUCCUGAUAUUUAACCACUGAAGUUCAGACAUCAUAUUUAGAAGACAGUUGUGCUGUAUACAGUGUCAUUAUUUGUAGUCAUUAGAUAUUUGGAUAUGUUUUUAAUACAUAAGUACAUGUGUGUAUAUGCUACAUCUAUCCCUAUAUAAACUGAAGCACUAUUUGAACUGUAGAUAGACUUUUGGGGGAAUUAGUUAAUAGUCUGCUGCCUGGAAACAUUUGUGUGUAUGCUGGCUUGUGGAGCUAUAUGAACCAAUGGAUUUGUGUGGGUUUGCAUGCAUGUUGUAUGUGUGAUCCUAUUUUGGAAAAGAGGACCUCUUGUAUUUAUAAGAUUCUCAAAGAAUCUUACCAAAGAAAAGAACUGUCUUUUUAUAUUUUGUGACUCUUUGUAUGUUUACAAUCGUCAACAUGAGCUGGGACAAAAUAAUUUUUGCAAAAUACGUACCUUGUUGGCUUAUUGUCCCAUUUUCAUACCCUCGGAUUUCAACAUAUAAAAUUGGUUUUAAUUGCUUAUCUGUGAGAAGAGUGUUUGGGAUAAACCUUAAUUGGACUUCAGAAGUUCUUUCUUGAGGAGAACAAGCACCUUUUGGAAAGCCUUAAGGAAGAUGUUAUCCACAGAAUGCUCUUUUUGAACGGACAGUGGCAUGCCCCUAACCAUCUCAUUUUAAAUACAUUUUGCAUAGGCCCUACAGGCUACAGAUAAUAACUAUCCAAAAUGAGGGCAUAGGAUGCGUAGAUGUGUUGUAUCUGUUAUAUUUCUAGGAGCUUUAGAAACAGCUGGAACUACCUUUUGAAGUUGUGAUAGAGUGAUUACAGCUUUGUGCUGACCACUGUGAAAAGGUCACUCUUUGUAUAUCAUAUCUAAAAAAAUGGUCGUGUUUGGGUGUGGUUUUUCUGUAAGCACCACUUCAGUAAAUCUGAAACAAGAAUACACUUUUUCUUGGCUGUUAAACCUAUCAUUGAAACUUCAUUCUCCUGAAAGGAAAGCACUGUUGAUUUGGAAGGGUCCUCUUCUGUUCAAUUCUCCUGAAGAGAGAGAGGAAAGAGACAUAUUUUCAGUAGAAAAGUACAUCCUGUCAUUUGGCAACAUUCUUAAUAUUAAAGCUUGUUCCCUAUUGAAGGCCACUGUGGCACUUUAAAAGGAUCUAUUUAGUCUUAUUAUUUCUAAUUACGUGUAUGUGUGUAGAUACGUGCAUGAGAGUGCUGGUGCCUGUUGGUGCCAGAGCUGUUAUAUCUACCUGGAGCUAUAGUUAUAGACAGAUCUUGGGCCACUUGAUGUGAAUUCUGGGAAUGGAAAUCCAACUUGGGUCUCCAGCAAGAUGGAGAGCCAUGCUCUUAACUGCUGAGCCAUUCCUCCAUCUUUUACAAUGACAUUUCCAUCACUGUCCAAGCUUUAAUACUAUUUACUCUGAAGGACAGAAACAAUUAUGAAUGCUGAGUGGAGAUGUUGGAGGAUAACAGAGUCUUAACAAUAAGGAAGGAGACUGCAUUAUACUUCAAUAGCAAUAGAUUGUGUAUAACAUCCUGGUUUCAUGGUAUGAACACAGCCACAUACCUUGGCCUCUAUAUAUUAUAUUUAUUUUAUCUAAUCUCAUGGCCAUUGUACUUCUUUUUAACUUGUAACCCAAUAUUUGAAGAUAAUAGAGGCUUGACAGUGCAAAUUUCCCACUGUUUUUUUUUCUUCCAGGCAAUUGACUACAUUGUUAAGAUAAUAGUCUUCCAUGUAUGACAAUUCAUUACAGAGAUAGAACAAUUUACUUGCUGUGUAGUGAAUCUCAUCUCUUCCCCUGGCAACUCACUUCUUUAGCUUUCUUUGAGAUUGUAAUCAAAGUGUUAUGCAAAUUGUUUUGGUUUUUCAGUAAUUUUGGUGCAAGAAAUACGAGUUGGAGAUUUAUAACUAGGCAAAGAUACACAAGCAGAAGGUGUAACUCAGUAGUAGGAGACUUACCUAGCAUGUAUGCAGCCCUAGGCCCUAGGCCCACUAUCAGAAACAAAAGAAA